AUGGACCGCGUGCUGGACCAGCUGGAUUUAUCGGCAGCUUUAGACAAGGUUGUCACGAUUCCAGAGACUGUUCUUGCAAGCAAUUUCGAGAGUCCAGAUACAGAAUGCUUCAAAGUCUUACAGGCACUGGUAGCAGAACGGAAACUGGGUCACAUCGCGGCGCUUAUUGACUUGGUAUUUGAGUUGCAAGCUUCGGAACAAUGCGCACAAGGAACCGCGCACUUGCUUUUGGAGGCUGCCGUGGACUAUCUGCCGCUUGCGUGCAUAGAUGAUCUUUGGAGAAUCGUAUCCAGCAGAAAGGCCCGGAUCAUCAACAAUCUUCAGGCUCUGCGUCCUCCUGGAACCACACUUCUACGGACACUUAAUUCUUUGGAAAAACGACUUUCUCCAGUAUUGCACUACGAGAUGAUCAACAAUAUCGGGAACUUUUUGUUUGAUGCCUUUGGCUUCCCCACUAGAGCACUGAUCAACCAGAAAAGCGUGCCUGUGAAGCUACCGAUAAUCGACUAUAGAAAUGUCUCUGAUCCCGAAUAUACUACAUUCUGGCGCCUGAUUGAAGAUUUCCAGGAUAUUAAAUCGAUCAUGGCUACUCCCCGCUCCAUCAACGCCCAUUUGGAUCGGUCGAACAAGGUGUCGCGUGCCAUGGCCGACAACAGCCCCCAUCCUUGCACGUUGGCUCCUCGAACGUUGCUGUGGGACACUGAUCCUGAAGUUUUCCCUGAUAUUAUGUUUGAUAGUAAGAUCCAGCGGCUGGUUGCCCUACAGAUGCUGGUAGUUAUCGAAGCCAUCCUCCCGUUCGGUCCGGAGAGCGAAAAGCCCCUCGUUAAUGAAGACCAGUUCAAUUCUUUCAAAGCAUUGAAAAAUCGGUGGUUCAAAGUUCUGUUGAAAAUAUCCAGCCAAACAGAGAUGGAAGCUUACAAGAAUUUCAUGCUUGGCGACAAAGAAUGGUCCAAAUGGAAGGUAAUAGGUUGCAAACCUUUGCCUGCUCGAACUCCCAUUGAACUGCCGCAAAAAAGGACUCUCGAACUUGGGGCUCUUUCGGGUCAGAACCGCAUGCUUUCCGAGUCCCUGCAGGCACUGUGGGAUGUGCAGUAUGACGAGGAGUCGAUGUCCAAAUACCCCAAAGCUGCCGAAGAUGGCCCUGAAAGUGCUGAAAUUAGGUCUAAAUACGGCAUUCCUUCGAAAGCCUUGCUGCCCAAGGGUACAGAGAAAUACUUUGAGUACUGGGAAUCGGAAUAUGAGACCGAACUCAAGAGCGGCUGGCGCUGGCUAGCUUUAAGACUUAUGCUCAACAACGUGCCCGAAAAAGUACUGGAAGAAGCAGCCAGGAAAACAGGAGUCGAUUACUUUGAUGAAGAGCACAUCAAAAGCAUCGAGGCGGAAAUUUCGCGGCCUGCAGAGCCUGCUGGCCACACCCCCGCUGAAUCCAAAAAGCGUCGUUUUGAAGGCGACGACGAAGGCGACGACGAUGACCCUGUCAAGUCCGCUAAAUUAGAACCUGAAACAAGAGAGUCGACAGCAGGAUUCGAUACACCCAACAUCCAGUCUGAAGAAGAGGAGAUGGCGGAACUGAAAGACAGUAGCUAA